AUGGUUAUAAUGGUACAAUAAAACUACUAUUUAUAAAGAUAACGUUCCACAUACCGAUGCAUUCGCAAGAAUUGUAAUAUCACUUGUAAUAAUAUAAGCAAUUUUCAUUUCAACUUCUCAAAAAAUCGAUCACGUUUUUGCCCUUCUCGAAGAUCUUCACGAAUUUCGGAAGUCAGCGAUCUGAAAACAGUCGACCACAAUUCCAAUUCAGCUGAAAAAACGUAGAAUUUAGUAGGAAAUGGUGAAGGUAACAAUGCUUGCGCGUGUUAUGGAUGGUCUACCAUUAGCAGAAGGGUUAGAUGAUGGGCGUGAUGUACAAGACGUUGAAUAUUACAAGCAGCAAAUUAAAGCUUUGUUUAAAAAUCUCUCUAAAGGUCAAAAUGAUGCUUCAAGGAUGUCAGUCGAAAGUGGACCUUAUGUUUUUCACUAUAUCAUUGAGGGUAAUGUUUGUUACCUGACAAUGUGUGAUCGGGCUUAUCCAAAGAAGCUUGCAUUUCAGUAUCUGGAAGAUCUCAAAAAUGAAUUUGAACGUGUGAAUGAUAAUCAAAUAGAAACUGCUGCUAGACCUUAUGCUUUUAUUAAGUUUGAUACAUUCAUCCAGAGAACCAAAAAGUUGUACCAGGACACUCGUACCCAAAGGAACAUUGCCAAACUAAAUGAUGAGCUUUAUGAAGUGCACCAAAUAAUGACAAGGAAUGUACAAGAAGUCCUUGGUGUUGGUGAAAAGUUGGAUCAGGUCAGCCAAAUGUCCAGUCGCUUAACAUCAGAAUCACGGAUUUAUGCUGAUAAGGCCAGAGAUUUAAAUCGACAGGCGUUAAUCAGGAAAUGGGCUCCGGUAGCAAUUGUAGUCGGAGUUGUGAUCCUUCUCUUCUGGGUUAAGAAGAAGAUUUGGUGAUGCACCGGCCUUUUUCUAUUGAAACCUAUUCGCAGAGAUCAACAUGUUUAUUCCUUCGUUUACACAUGGAUUAUACAACACCACGCUACAAAGGAGCAACCUGGUGAUUUUGAACUACAUCGCGAAGUCUUCUUUCAGUGAAAAACUAUAUACUAUCUGUAAGCUCGACUUUGUAGUAGAUUAUAUAUAUAACAAGUCCAUUUUGAUAUCCAGAUUUGAGAUAGUAAAAUUUGACUACUGAGGAUCGUAUUAAUCGGCAUUUUGCGCAAUCAACACAGAAUUUUCUUGGUAUCCCUUGAACACAUUUCAAAGCACCUUGAGGAAAAUAUUUCCUUUCGUAGAGUUUUUUGGUUCAAUUAUUUGAAUUAAAUUAUAUUCUCUAGACUAUAAUACACACAAUUUGAUGCAAAUCAAGGUCUAUCUAUUUUCAAAAUUGAGAGAAAUUUUUAUUAAUGGCUUGUUUUAUCAGCCGGUCUCUUGAGAGACCGUCUCUUUGAUAGACAUCUCUUAGGAGGUCGGCCCAUUAAACCUUAAUGUCCACUUAUUGUAUCCUUGACGCCUAU